AUGGGUGAGUCGAAGCUUUACAGGCCAUCGGAGGUGUUGGUGCCAACACCUUCGUUGGUGCGAUGCCCUGCUGCCAUGAAGUUCAUUCGUGCUCUACCCACGGACUCGUGGUCUGUGGCAACAGGCAAGCGGCUGGCAAGGCUUGGCAACAAUGAGGACGUGGCCGUGGAAGAUGCCCGCCGGCUCAUGUCGCUCCAUGCUGAGCCCCUCUCCGCACAGAAGCUGCGGGCCUUGCUGAACAGUGACGUAGUCAAAAUGGAGCUGGGCAGACACUGCAGAUCCCGCAAUGCCCUGGGGCUUACGCAGCUUUGUGAGCUGCUGGGAGCCUUGCUGGCAGCCGCACAGCGUGAGCCCGAGAAGGUGCCAUCAUUCUCGGACACCGGCGAGCUUCCAGGCAGCUUGACUGCAGAAUGCUCGCUUUGUGUUUUUGACUUCUGCAGUGGGAUGCAGUGGGUAACAUCUGCAAAAAAAACCAUACGUCAUCAGGAGAGGAAAGAUUGCUGGAUGUCGUGGCGGAGAUCCAGCAGAUGCAGGUCUGUGGUUGAGACUUCCGCGGUAGAUUUAGAGAGCUGCUGA